GCCUCUGUGUGGCGUGUUGUCGUCCCCGUGUUUCCAAAACCGCCAAGAUUCGGGUGAAGAACCGUGAGCCGGUGCCGGCGUACGCCAUGGCCGACGCCGACCGUGACUCGGACCUUGGAGACGAUAGCCCUGUGAUUUGCUCUUGAAUGCGAUCUAACCUGAGGUCAGCGCGGUCGGAAGGCGAUUCAUCCGGCGACCAGUCUUGCGAGAGCUCGGACGAGGGUGUGGGUCGAGACGCAGCUCCCCACCAGCAGCAGCCGCACCAGCCGAUGCUGCAACCCCACCAGCCUCACCACAAUAUGUCCCACCACGGGACAAUCAACCACCAGAUGAAUAACAAUAUGAACAAUAUGAAUAACCAUCCAAUGAACCACUCGCAUCAGAGGAAUUCGCCGAGGCCUCUGGAGAGGGAACUGAAGGUUCGCGACGACUUCGAGUCCCUCAAGACGUCAUUGCAUCCACACCUUUCAUCCCUUGCAUCACUCGCCCAAGGCGCGCCUUUGUCCACCCCCAGCAGUGUGUUCGCCCUUGCCAGUGGUGGUGCGAACUUCCCUUACGCUCCCCCCGCGUUUCUUGCCCCCGCUCCACCUCCCCCCGCCCAGCCUGUAGGCUCCGCCUCGUCUUCGUCAUCCGAGGGAAGCGCGGCUGGAUGGAGCUUCGAAGAACAAUACAAGCAGGUCCGUCAGUUAUACGAGAUCAGUGAUGAUCCGCAAAGAAAAGAGUUCCUUGAUGACCUGUUUUCCUUCAUGCAAAAGCGAGGCACACCGAUCAAUCGACUGCCGAUAAUGGCGAAGUCGGUACUAGACCUCUACGAGUUGUACAACCUGGUGAUUGCUCGCGGCGGCCUCGUAGAAGUCAUCAACAAGAAGCUCUGGCAGGAGAUCAUCAAGGGCCUGCGACUGCCUUCUUCCAUCACCUCAGCCGCCUUCACUUUGCGCACACAAUACAUGAAAUAUCUGUACGACUACGAGUGCGAGAAGAAGAAUCUGUCGACUCGGAGCGAGCUGGAUGCUGCUAUAGAGGGCAACAAGCGUGAGGGUCGCCGCGCCUCUGGUCAAUACGACGCGCAGGCCGCUAUGGCCAUGCCACCUUUAAACAGAAUGCCAGCGUCUCUCGCGCAGUUGUCACAACACAUGCAACCCCUGUCGCUGUCACUAGGUGGAGGGGUGGCAGGGAUUCCCCGCUUACCACCACUGCCGCCGCACGCGCCGCAUAUAUCGCAGCACGAUAUAGAAUUCCGCGUGCGAGAGUACAUGAAGAUGAUUCAGCAGCAACGCGAGUUGAUCCGAAAUGGUUCAGAAUCACCACCAAGUGCUCCAUUGGUGUCUCCUCGCGACGCAGCGCUGUCAGCCAUCGAUGUAUCCCGUCUCACUCUCUGGUCUUUAUACAACAACAAUAACAACAGUCCUCAACCAGAAAUCGAGCCACAACGUGAGGCGUUAAACCUAAGUGAGAGUCCAAACUCAAGCCUAAGUGGUAAAAGGGAAGCGUGUCGUUCUCCUCCCCCGCCCGCCAAGCGCCGCACGCCGCGUCCUCCCUCCCCUGCGCCCGCGCCUUCCCCGCAACUGCCUCGCGAGCCCUCCCCGCGCACUCACUCCCAUCUCAACGGCAACACCAAUGGAGUCAAUGGAGCUGCCUUCAAAAUCACCACAAGAGGUGACGCCAACACAGGUGACCAGCAGCUCGUGGUUUCGAUUGAACUAAACGGUGUCACGUAUGAAGGAGUUCUGUUCCCCUCACAAAACGGCAACGGUCAAAAUAGCCACCGGCAAAUGGUCUCCUAAGCUCUAUAACCUUUGUCUAUUCGUUAGGGUCAUGUAUUAUUCAAUAUAUACGCUGUUUAUGUCCCAAAGUACUCGAUUUAUGUUAAACCAGUGGUAAAAGAAUUAUGUUUUUAGAUUUAGAAAGAAAAAAAUGGGGGUAGUUUGCAAAUGCCACUUGAAAAUCUAGAAGGGAGUUCUUUUGUAUGCUAUUUUUAUGUUUGGUUGAUUACAUCUGCGAUUUAGCAUCAAUUCAAUGUUAGAUUACGUCAGUGAAAAUGUUAAGUGAUGGAAUCACAGUUUAUUUUUACAAUGAAAUAGUGAUGUAAUAAUGAAAAGUGGAAAGAUACCUAAUACUGAUUUUUGCACAUUGACAAUUUUUACUGACGUUCUGUUAUUAUUAAAAUAUAUGUUGUUAAUAAAUGAAAUGAUGUUAAUAAUGAAAAAAUUUUGGAAAAAAUAUCGUUUGCGCUUUUUCAAAAAUUUUAAAAAAAAUUGGGACUAAAGGUGUAUGAAAAUUUUAUCACUCAGUUUGAGGUUUUUAUGCCGAUCAUCCAAUAAAGAAAAUAAAAUCCUUUGGUAUGAAAUAUUUCGCUUUUGUCACUGCCCAGAGAAACGAGCGUAGCUUUUAAUAUGUUGUAAACUCUACGCGCCAAAUUGAAGGUUAAUCUACAAUUCAGACUUUAUAUCUGUCUCUUUCGUAUGCUUACUAAUUUGUUGUUUUCUCGCUCGCACAGAAAUGAUCGGUACAGAGUAAACGCGUUAUAGAGAUUAGAUUAUUAUGGAUCGAUUGAUUUUUCUUGUUUUUGGCGCGUAAAGUAGGAUAACAUUAUUUUGUUCUUUAGUGGAUGCUUUGUAUAUUUUAAAUAAAUAACGGUCAAAUGACAAUUUUCUGUAAAUAUAGUUUUUGGUAUUAUUAACAUAAUUAUGUUACUUAUUUAUAAUUUUUGGUAAGCGACAACUGGAGGGUGGCGUGUGAGGUUUUUAUAUGAUUUUUGAUGUAAAUUUUUGUAAAUAUCUUGUGUAAAUGGUAUAGUAUUGUUUUUGCACAGUGCAUUGUAUGUUUGUGAUUUUUGCGUACCUAUAGAUGGUUCUCGGUGUAUAUUUGAUCAUCUACAACUUCGUCAGUAUUGUAUGCUUAGGUAUUUAUAGUUUAUUCAAAUUUCAAUAUUAAACCAAUUCGUAUUAUCUCAAAUAGUAGGGAGGAAGCGUGUAUGUUUUUUUUUUGCUAUUUUUAUUUUGAACCAGAACGCUGUCAUUUUAAAAGUUGUUUUCGGUUGCGAAAAUUGUUUAUUUUACAUGUUUUUUUAUACUUGACAAAAUAAACGAGGUAUUAUGUACUCUGUUAAAAAUAGAUAUAAAAUCUCGAUCUUUUUACCCAUCUCGAAUAUCCGUUGUAUUGUGUGGAACCUUCUUUAUUAUUUUUUAAAAUGUGUGGGAAGCCUGUGUGGAAGCAUUUUAAAAAUCAAUUUAAAAAUAUCUGAACAUCCUGUAUCAUAGCUUUCUGCAUAGUUUAAAUCUUGUAAUGGACAACAAUUUUUUAUACUUAUUAUUCUAAAAAAAUUGUAAGAAAUCUUUUAGAAAGCUCACUACUUAAAAUAAAAUUGUGGUGUGGCAUUAAUAUGAAGUUUCAAUUGCCAUUUCCCUAGAUAAGCUUUAGAUCUAGGUUUUACAAUAGGUAAAAAAUAAUUAAAAUUAAUAUGCCGCCUAAGGGUCAGCACACACCAAGCGACGAAAUGCGAUUUGACGCUCGAGCAAUUUUUCCAAUAAAUAAUAAUUGCGGCUAAUCUUGUUUUACAUAAUAUCUAAACCGAAAGGUUUAAAUCUAGUACAAUCCUUUUCCAUAUGAGGCAUUAUGAAAGCGAUAGCAAUACAUUUAGAGCUUACAUUUUCGUUUAGAGAUUGUGUAUAACAGAAUUAGCUACAUUGGCGCGGGGUUCGUUUUGACACCCACAAGUGUGAUUCAAAAAAUGUGGCCCAUACCAUGAGCAUAUUGUAACUGAUGUUUGUCGCUCGGUCUACGUUGACUCCAAACUUAUUUAGCGGCGAAUACAAACUUUUUUAUUUUUUAUAAAUAGGAAUUAAAAAUAUUUAUGUUCUCAGAUUUAUAAUUACUAUGGUCAUUUUGUGGCGCAUCGUAGUGCAAUAAGCGAAAUCCAAAAUAUUUGAAAUAAAAUCUCCAAUUUAUUCGAAUCGGACUUAGCUUUAGGUGUAGUGUAAUGUAAAAUUAUGAGAUGCUUUGUAAAUGACUGAUUUUAAUAAUUUACGAUUAAUUUAAUGGUUUUAAUUCUAAUGGUCAUUGGUCAAGACAGAUUGGUUCCGCGUACGCAAAGAAUGCAACGCUGUUCCACGCAUCAUACAACGUCGAUCUGCGAUGUUAAUUUCGGCUUGGGAAUGUAGUAGGGAUAUAAUAUACUAGGUACUUGUACUCUAUUUUACGCAUGAGCAGACAUCUUUAGCAUCAGCAAUCGAAGAUUUACCAAGUUGCUUUUCAGAAGGUCGCUUUGGACGCUUCGUUCCGCACACAUAAAAUUUCCGAUCGCAGCGAUCAAGUCGAUUUAAUUUAUUAAGUAUAUCAAUACAGCGAUCGAAUUUAGAGUUGUAAAAAAAAGAUUCCGACGAAUUGAGAACCUCCUCCUUUUUUCGAAGUCGGUUAAAACGCAAUGCAUCAAAACAAUCGCUAAAAUACGCGAUUUCCAUACAGCGAUCAAACGCAGAAAGUUGUCAAAACGCGACGAAGAUUCGAUCGUCGUCGAAGUCGCAAAUCACUGAUCGCUGAUGCUAAAAGUAUUGCGUGUGCUAGGACCCUAAGUGUCUUCCUCCCAUACGUUGCAUCCGUUUCUUACAUGGCACCAAUCUGUCUUUACCCUAAUUUGUACAAUUCGAUUUAUAGGAUCGUAAAUGUUCGAGCUAUGUAGCGGUAGUUUAGUACAUUCCUAAUAAUGUACAAUAAUUAAUAAGAAUUAAAAAAAAAAUCUAACCUGGCCUACUAUUUCGCAUAGUCAAUGGCCGGAUGCGUUUACGAUUUUCGUCUUACACCAAAAAUUUUUUGAUGUAUUCAAAUAAUAUACAUGAAUAAAUAAUUAUUAUUAUAAUGACAUAUCAAA